GCUUAUGCUAAUUCAAAUGCAAGUAAGAGCAGUGGCUGCUUGAUGUGGUUCGAUGAUCUGGUCGAUAUCAGAUUGGUUGCUGAAGUAUACAGCGGAGAAGCUAUCUAUAUCCGAAUGCCGCCUUCAAAUACAGGAAAAUCUGAAGAAGAAAAAUGUCCUCGUGUUUAUUGUUUUAGGAUCAAGACCAAAGAUCGUUAUAGUGGUUUCGACCACAGUGGGACUGUUUUUGUUGAGCUUGGUGUUAUUUUGCAUAAUUUGGAAGAAGAGUGCAAAUAGAGGAGUCCAGGAAAGCACAAACAAGGACAUAGAAAUACCUUUAUUCGAUUUGGCUACAAUUGCUGCUGCUACUGACAAUUUCUCUCUAGCAAAUCUUAUUGGUGAGGGUGGCUUUGGUCCCGUUUACAAGGGAAAUCUUUCAACAGGAGAAGAAGUAGCAGUGAAGAGGCUGUCAAAGAAUUCAGGACAAGGCAUAGAACAGUUCAUGAAUGAAAUAGAUUUACUCGCUAAACUUCGGCACAGGAAUCUUGUGGGGAUUUUAGGAUGUUGUGUUCAGGGAGAAGAAAAGAUGUUAAUCUAUGAGUACAUGUCUAACAAAAGCUUAGACUAUUUUAUCUUUGAUCAUCAAAGAAGGGCAUUACUGAGAUGGGAGAAGCGCUUUGACAUUGUUUUAGGGAUUGCUAGAGGACUUCUUUACCGCCACCAAGACUCUAAGCUUAAAAUCAUUCAUCGGGAUCUCAAAACAAGCAAUGUUUUACUAAACAGCGACUUGAAUCCUAAAAUUUCAGACUUUGGCUUGGCAAGAAUAUUGGGAGGUGACAACAAAAAGGCAACAACACAGAGAAUUGUUGGAACAUAUGGCUACAUGUCUCCUGAAUAUGCAUUUGAAGGGACAAUCUCAGUGAAAUCAGAUGUUUUCAGCUUAGGUGUGCUGAUGUCAGAGAUAGUAAGUGAAGACAGGCCUGCAAUGUCUUCUGUAGUUUUCAUGUUUGCUAAUGAGGCAGCUAUUCUGCCACAGCCCAAACAGCCUGGUUUCUUCACCAGUCAAAACACCUCCCAUGAGAAUAUGAAUGGAACACCUGUGGAAGAAUCCCAUACAGAAAAUGAUGUAACUAUAACCAGUCUAGAUGGUAGGUAAUGAACU